AUGCUGCUGAAUCCAAUCCACCUCAAUCACUUUCACCAGCCCUCCCCACCACCUCCACCACGGCAACAUGUCGAGGAAGUGGACCCCUUCGAGGCCCUCUACAACUCCCUUUCCAACCUCACCCUGACCCCCACCACUCUCAUCCCCAGAGCCCCAGCAGCCGUCAGCAAACCUAUCGCUCCAGCGCCAGUACCACAACCUCAACCAGCCAUUGUAGAUAAGCAACAAGAUGAGCAACGGAUUCCUGUCAACCUCAUCUUUCCCCCAGGAGACAACGUCAUAUUUGCACACUCUUCAUACUUUACCCGUCCCAAAUAUGCAUUCCAACCGGACCUUCCCAGCGUGCCCCAGGUGCGGGGACAAGCUAUCCUCUCACAUGGAUCUCUGCCAUUACCAUCACCAUACUACCUCCCCGCGCCACAAGCAGGACUGCUGGUCAAGUAUGGCGCAGACACCGCGGUUACCUCGACUGAAGCCAAGACAUUAAUGACCCUCAAACGGUACCUCAGCGACAAGGUCCCCGUCCCCGAAGUCUUUGGCUGGCGACGGGACAUCGGAACUGGGGAGCGAGUCCUCUACCUCUCUCUGCCAUCAGAGGAAGUAACACUCGAGCAACAAUGGCCAUAUCUAUCCGACGCCCAGAAAGAGCACGUCUGUCUUCAGAUCAAGGAUAUGGUUAAAUCAUGGCGUCGUCUCCAGCCAGGAGGAGUCGAGGUAGUGGCAAGCAUAGACAACACCCCUCUCAAAGACGAAAUCUUCCAAUUUCCCUCCUCCCCAGGCCUCAAAAUCCCCGCCCCAGGGCCCUUCCCCAACGUCUCCAACUUCCACAGCUACUUCGUGGCCACAGCCGUGGCCCUCUCCCAAACCAAGCAAAAAGAUGAUACCCCCGCCAAGAUCAAUUACCAACCUCAUCAUCUCUUCCCCAACAACGUCCCCAUUGUCUUAACGCACGGUGCUCUCCACCCAAGAAACAUCAUCAUCUCUAUGAACGAACAGAACCAGCCAACGGUGACGAGUGUGAUUGGCUGGGAGCAAGCAGGCUGGUAUCCCGCCUACUGGGAGCUAUGCAAGGCAAGAUAUGAGUGCUCCAAGCCAAAAGAGGAGAACAUGUCGUUGACAGAUUGGGAGAGCAAGUACUUGCCUGCGAUUGUCAACUUGGAUGGGUUCGGGAUGGAAGAGCAGGGGUGGAAUGGGAGGGCGCUGUGCCAGUAUUGGGACUAUUUUGUUGGGUUGAUGCAUCGGUGGCAGUGA